UUGCUAUAUGUAGAGUACAAACGGCUCGACAUAAAUUUGUAAUUAUUACUCUUAAUUUUGAUAUGGUUUAUUUUAUCUCAGUUAAUAUUUGUACUGGACCUCGAGUACAAUUAAUUAAUCAAUCUAUGGUGGUUUUUUGGGCUUUAUAUAUAACUCGGUUACUUAGAUGUAUUUAUAAAGGGAACAUCAACGAAUUGGGAUUAUUUGAUGGGCUUAUAUCUGGACCUAACAUAUUCGUAGAGAAUGAAAAUUCAGAAGUAGUCAAUUUCCAUGACAAAUCUAUUGAGAAAGGAAUUCUGAGAGUUAAAUCAAAA